CUCAGAAUUUGUUUGAUCUUUUUGAUAAAAAGUUGGUACCUUUCUUUCUACUUACUGCGGAAAAUCUCUCUUAAGUCAAUCCUAAGCGCACCGAACAGGAAUCCCACAUCGGAUAAUGUUAGGAUUUGUAGCGGAUACCGAAACAGAGGAGGCAGAAACAAAGCUUAAGCUCCUCCUUCAAUGGUGAACUCUAAGCUUAGUGCUGUUUUUAUCACCGUUGUUUUCAUCUACUUCACAGUUCCUUCAACAGCAAAUCAAGAACAAGACAAAGAACCGUUUGUGGGAGUUAACAUAGGAACGGAUGUUUCAAAUCUGCUGUCUGCAAAGGAUUUGGUUUCGUUCUUGCAGGUGCAGAAAAUCUCACACGUUCGACUCUAUGAUGCAAAUCCGAAUAUACUCAAAGAAUUAGCAAACACAAAGAUUAGGGUCAUCAUCAGUGUGCCAAAUAACCAGCUUUUGGCCAUAGGUUCAUCCAACACCACGGCGGCUUCUUGGAUCAACCGAAACGUCGUCGAUUAUUACCCCGAAACGCUCAUCACUCAUAUCGGCGUCGGGGAUGAGGUUUUGACGACAGUACCGUCUUCGGCUCCUUUGCUGCUGGCUGCAAUUCAGUCUCUUUACAGUGCUUUAGUGGCUGCAAAUUUGCAUACUCAAGUCAAGGUUUCAACACCACAUGCAGCUUCUAUUGUUCUCGAUAGUUUCCCUCCUUCUCAGGCUUACUUUAACCAAAGCUUGAUUUAUGUUAUGGCACCUUUGCUUCAGUUCUUAUCAAAAACUGGAUCUCCAUUGAUGAUGAAUCUUUAUCCUUAUUAUGUGUUUAUGGAGAAUAAAGGUGUGGUUCCACUUGAUAAUUCGUUGUUUAAGCCUUUGACGCCGUCGAAAGAGAUGGUCGAUCCGAAUACUUUGUUGCACUACACCAAUGUGCUUGAUGCAAUGAUUGAUGCUGCUUAUGUUUCCAUGAAAAACUUGAAUGUUACUGAUGUUCCAGUGCUUGUUACCGAGAGCGGUUGGCCUUCGAAGGGGGAUUCGAAAGAACCUUAUGCUACUAUCGAUAAUGCGGAUACGUAUAAUUCGAAUCUUAUUAAUCAUGUUAUAGAUCACAGUGGAACCCCUCUGCAUCCGGAAAUCACUUCCAGUGUGUUCAUAUAUGAGUUGUUCAAUGAGGACUUGAGGUCGCCCCUGGUGUCCGAGGCGAGUUGGGGGUUGUUUUAUUCGAAUUCGACGACGGUGUAUUUGCUUCAUGUGUCCGGGAGUGGGACCUUUUUGGCUAACGAUACGACCAAUCAGACUUAUUGUAUUGCAAUGGACGGGUUCGAUUUGAAGACGUUGCAGGCGGCUUUGGACUGGGCUUGUGGUCCUGGGAGGGCGAAUUGCAGCGAGAUUCAACCGGGGGAGAGCUGCUACCAGCCUAAUAAUGUGAAAAAUCAUGCUUGUUAUGCUUUUGAUAGCUAUUAUCAAAAGGAAGGGAAAGCUCCUGGGUCCUGUGACUUUAAGGGUGUUGCAAUGAUAACUGCCACUGAUCCAAGUCAUGGGAGUUGUGUCUUUCCAGGAAGUAAGAAGGUAGUCUACAAGACGAGAGCGGUCGUAAACUCUACAGAAGUAAGCAGUGGAGCCGAAAGGCUAAAACUCUUUCCUUUCCACACCAGCCAAAUACCUGCAACCACAAUAGCUUUCUGUAUUUCGUUGUUCAUUCCUUUGAUAAGGAAGAAAACGAACCAAUGUAUCAUUAUUUAGCAUCGAAUUCGAUUGAGAGUUGGCAUUAUAUGUUAUUGAAACAAUGAUUGUGAAGGCUAGGAAUUAGCAGAAAGUGUGAUGAUAGUGCAGCAUGCAAUCAAUAAAGUAGGAGCAGUGGGAUCAAUUUUGGGCACUUUUUGUUGUUGCCAACAUCAAUACAUCAUGAGACUUUGUUGGAACAAAAACAACUUUUUAGUGAAUCUAAAUGCUUUGUAUUUGUUUCU